GCUUCCUCGGUCCCCCGCUCUCAGAACGUUCUCGGAACAGGCGCUUUCGUGGUGACGACUUAUUCGUGAUAUUGGGUCCAGUCACAAAUAUACCCACACCACACAUUAGUUUUUGUGUUUUCUCCUUGGCUUCUCCGUCUCUUCAUCCAAAGCUCCAGGUCAACAAUUCUUUGGCAGAGCAGCUCGAACACAAAUAAUAAUCAAACCAUGGGCAAGAACAAGAAGCGCAGCAAAGGAUCCAGUGGUGGCGACUCUAGUAGUGGAGCGACAACCACUUGGGACAGUGCCCAUCAUGCAUUGCGACAAGAACAACAAGCAAAUAAACGGCACAAAAAGCAGCAACAACGGCAGGAAGGAGAAGAAGGAGAAGGACAAGUCAAGGAAGACAAGCAUCAAGUCAAGGAAGAACGACGGUUCAAACUAACUGCCAAAUUGACGCAUGAUUCAAGAGUAAAACGAGAAGGAGCCAAAUUGCGUCUGAACAUUACCAAGACCCAACGAGAAAUUGAAACACUGAGAGAACGAUUGCGAAAAUGGGACAACGCCGAAGAACAGGAGCGUCGAGAUGAAGAGGAACGCAAACGAAAGGAACCACCCAAAAAGAAGGGUCGAUUAGGUCCCGAAUCUUGGAAACUCAAGGGCGCUGCUCGUCCCGCUUGGAUGGUCAAUGAAUUCGAUGUCCGAUACGAGUGUCCUCAUCUAAAGGCGCACGAAGAAGCUCGAGAAAAAGCCAAACGAGUACAGAAUCUACUCGUACUCUACAAGGGGAAAUUUGGACAACAAUUUACGGAUGACGACCUUUCCUAUCCCUAUCGACGACAACUUCUCGCACUUCUCAUGCAGUACGGUCUACUCAACAAAGAAGCCAGCAAGUUCAAGACGGCACGGACUGCCUUGUUGGAAUGCCUCGAUUUGGACGGCAUUCAACAUCCCAUCACCAAUGCCCGAUGUCACUUUAUGCGACUCUAUCUACAGGUCAAUCGACCCCAGUCGGUACAUGAACUCUGGAACACACGACUCUCCGCUGCGGGCAAACAGGAAACAUCCGUUUGGGUCCUCUAUUCGGUGGCAUUGGUGGAAUAUAUUCGUUGGAACGACUUUGGGGAAUCCACACGCCAACAAGCUGAACAGGCAUUGCUACGAGCGUUUGACGGCAAUCCACUAUGUGCCUAUUACUUGGCAUUUUCCGAUUUUUUUCAUCAGUACAUGGAAUACACCGAUGACAUUGAAGAUGCCGGCGAUCUACCAGGGCAGGCCAUUGAGUACUGUCAUGACGAACAAAUGGGCAUGUGGAUGGGGACCGAGGGUGCCUUGCAAUGGGUGCAAGAUACACUCUUGCGUGCCAAGACAGAUUUCGAUUGGAAUCGUCACCUCGAAAUGAUUGAAACGGAGCACAAGGGAAACGGUCAAGGCGAUCAGAAUGGAGAGGACGAAGGAGAGGAGGAGUCACAGGAAGACCAAGCGGAUCUUCUCAUGUUUGUGGGCAUGUUUCGAACCACCAUGGAAAUGCUAGAGGCCAACGGAUCGCUAUUGCGGGUGUCACCUGCAAUUGUGGAAGAUGCGAAGGACAACAAGCAACCGGAAGGACAACAAGAGAAGGACCACCAAUCGGAAGAGGGUGAAGGGUCGCCGGACGACAGCGAUUGAGAGAAGAGCUUUUGAACUUUUCUGCGGAAGAUUUGAGUCAGUGACUAGCUAGUUGCUAGCUAAUAGUGCGACUCCAACGCUCUACACCCUCUAGCUAGUCUAGAUCAAUCCGACGGUAUUGCCUCUGUAUUGAUGGCUUGGCUCUAGAAUCUCUUAGAUCUGUAGUCUCCUAGAAAUCCCUUUGAAGAUCUUGUGAACCCGAGACGCUACAGAGUGUAGUCAGGUUUGGAUUGGAUGAUUCAAUUCAAUUCAUUAAACCAGGAACAUGAGAUCCCUCCUGUCCUGCACAACAGGAACCACACCAUCAAAAUGCUAGCCUCACAGGGCAUGCUACUAAACCUUGCCUUUAAGCAGGAAAACAAACACAAGAAACGUACUGUUUGGGACCCUUCCACCUCAUACUAAUAGAGCAUAAUCUAAGAUACAAGAGUUACU